GCGUGCAACCGGGGCGCCGCGGUUUCGGUUGGUCGGGAGAGAGGACUAGCGACUGGCGAUUGAAAGGGGGAGCUGCCUCAGUCCAGAACAGCGGUUUGCGAACGUCGGCAAACGGUGAAAUGAGAUGCUUCUGUAAAGGAUUGCGACUCUUUCGAAAGGGAAUAUAAGUUUUAGUCUAAGGCCCCGGGAGCACUGUAAGAGAAUCCCAUCCAGCCCUCGCCUGCAGACCUCAGAGACAGAGACUCCGCCUCCCCUGCGCACCUGUGAGACACGCCCACCUGCAGCCCCGCCCCCGCCUGCCCCGGAGGAUCGCGAGAGAGCUGUCCUGACAGAGACCCAGAACAGUAGUCCAGCACUGUGACGAGGGGAGAAGAGAGCAGGGUGUCCGGACGCUCCCCUCCCCCCCCCCCAGCGAUGUGUUUGGGUGGAGCCCAUAGCAGCAGCAGCAGCGUGCGUUUGGGGUCCCCCCUGCCCUCCCUCUGCCCCCGCCCUGGCGCGGGAUGCCGGCCCCUGGAGCCCCUCCCUGCUGCCGGGCCGUGAGUUCCCCGGACGGACCAUGAGCGCGUACAGAGACCUGCUGGAGGCCGGGGGCGGGGCCGCCGGCUUCUGCCCCCCGCCCACCGCCUUCCGCCUCCCCAACGGGCACUCCCCCGGCCCCGCCCCCCUGGAGCCCUCCGGCCCGCCCCGCACGUCCGUGCCCAAGAUGGGGGUGCGGGCGCGCAUAAAGGAGUGGCCCCCGCGCAGGGAGCGGUCCCACGAGUCGCUGCUGGAGAACGGGCACGGCGCGGGCGCGGGCGUGGGGGCGGGGCUGGUGCGGGGGGGCCCGGCCCGGCUCCCCCACCGCCGCUCCAAAGACACGGAGUUCCGCGACGGGCUGGGGGGCGGGGCCUUCCGGCCGGUGCCGCUGCGGCAGCGCUCCAGCAGCGAGGUGACGCUGAGCGAGCAGGACGAGGCGGAGGCGGAGGUGCGGGCGGGGCUCUUCCGCGAGUACGGCAGCACCUCCUCCAUCGACGUGCAGGCCUUCCCGGAGCAGAGCUUCUUCGACAUGCUGAGCCAGUUCCACCAGGAGCGGCCCGACCAGCGCAGCACCGCCCCCGCCCGCCUGGGGGAGCUCCUGCGGGCCGAGGCCCCGCCCCCGGCCCCGCCCGCCUCCCAGACGCCCGGGCUCCACCCCGACGACGGGGGCAGCACGGCCCGGCCGGAGAACCGGGUGAGGAAGAAGAGCGGCGGGACGGAGUCCUCGCUGGGCACGUCCUCGCUCUUCCGCAAGCUGCGCGGGGCCAGCCGCGUGGAGGCGGAGGCGGGGCGGGGCGAGGGGGAGGAGGGCCGGCCCCCGGAGGCGGGGCGCUCCUGGCUCUGCCCCCGGAGCUUCGCGCACUACGACGUGCAGAGCCUGCUGUUCGACCUGCACGAGGCGGCCGCCCAGCGGGCCUACGUGGGCCAGCCGCGGAACACCCCGACCGGCGCCUCCGCCGCCACGCUGGCCGCCUCUCGCGCCGCCGCGCCGGACGGCCCCGAGCCGGGCCACUCCAGCACCGAGGACCUGGGCCCCGUGGCCCCCGAGGGGCCCGAGCCCGGCGACUGCGCCGCCGCCGCCGGCCCCGCCGGCCAGCUCCUGCUGGGCUGCCCGCACUUCCGCAACGAGACGGGCGGGCACGGCGAGCGCAACGUCAGCUUCCUCAGCUCCUCGGGCGGGGCGGAGCGCGCGCUCACCCUGCGCCGCAGCAACGCCAGCGUGUCCGUGCUGGAGGCGGAGCCCGAGCAGCAGCUGGGGCGGCUGGAGGCGCUGCAGCACUACAGCGUGGAGCACGUGGACCAGGGCGCGCGCUACUACAGGGACUACUUCCACGGCAAAGAGCACUGGGACUACUUUGGGACGGAUGAUAAGCUGGGUCCCAUGGCCCUCAGCAUCCGUAGGGAGAAGCUGGAAGACACAAAGGAGCUGAAGGACCAGUACCAGUACCGGCUCAUCUUCAGAACCAGCGAGCUGGUGACGCUGCGGGGGGCCCUCCUGGAGGACGCGGUGCCCUCCACGGCGCGGCACGGCGUGGUGCGGGGGCUGCCCCUGAAGGAGGUGCUGGAGCACGUGGUGCCGGAGCUGAGCGUGGGCUGCCUGCGGCUGGCGCUCCCCGUGCCCAAGGUCGCCGAGCAGCUGCUCAAGCUGGACGAGCAGGGGCUGAGUCAGAAGCACAAGGUGGGCAUCCUGCUGUGUCGGGCGGGACAGAGCACGGAGGAGGAGAUGUACAAUAACGAGGAGGCCACGCCCGCCUUCCGUGACUUCCUGGAGCUGCUGGGGGAGCAGGUGUGCCUGCGGGGCUUCACCAAGUACGCCGCCCAGCUGGACACUAAGACGGACUCCACUGGCACACACUCCCUGUACACCACGUACCAGAACUACGAGGUGAUGUUCCACGUCUCCACCAUGCUGCCCUACAUGCCCAACAACCCCCAGCAGCUCCUGAGGAAGAGGCACAUCGGGAACGACAUCGUCACCAUCAUCUUCCAGGAGCCGGGGGCGCUGCCCUUCACCCCGCAGAACAUCCGCUCCCACUUCCAGCACGUCUUCGUCAUCGUGCGCGUGCACAACCCCUGCUCCGACAGCACCUGCUACAGCGUGGCGGUGACCCGCAUGAAGGACGUCCCCCCGUUCGGCCCGCCCAUCCCCAGCGGCGCCACCUUCCGCGACCCGGCCGUGUUUCGGGACUUCCUGCUGGCCAAGGUGAUCAACGCGGAGAACGCGGCGCACAAGUCGGAGAAGUUCCACACCAUGGCGACGCGCACGCGGCAGGAGUACCUGCGCGACCUGGCGGAGAACUGCGUCAGCGGCACGCCGCUCGACUCGGCCGGCAAGCUCAACAACUUCAUCCUGCUGGCCUCCAAGAAGCGGGAGCGGGCGCGGCCGCGGGAGGGCGCCGAGCUGGGCGCGGCCGGGGCGGUGGCCUGGCGCGUGCAGGCGCAGGACUUCAGCGGGGGCGGGGCCGAGCUGGCCUGCGUGCUGGCCGUGUCCGGGGAGUACGUGCUGCUGCUGGACACCCUCAACAAGGAGGUGGUGUUCAACUGCUUCUGCGCCGACAUCAUCGGCUGGACACCCGAGCGGCUUGCGCUCAAGAUCUACUACGGGCGUGGCGACCACAUCGCCGUCAGGGUGCCGGAGGGCUGCGCGCAGGACCUGCGAGAGGUGGUGACCCGGCUGAAGGCGCUGACGCUGGGCUGCGAGACGGUGGAUAUGACCCUGCGGCGGAACGGGCUGGGGCAGCUGGGCUUCCACGUGCGCCUGGACGGCACGGUGGCCGAGGUGGAGGAGUACGGCUUCGCCUGGCAGGCGGGGCUGCGCCAGGGCAGCCGGCUGGUGGAGAUCUGCAAGGUGGCGGCCGUCACGCUGUCCCACGAGCAGAUGAUCGACCUGCUGCGCACCUCCGUCACCGUCAAGGUGGUCAUCAUCCCGCCCUACGACGAGGGCGGCCCGCGCAGGGGCUGCACAGAGGAAUACGAAAUGAAGACAGUGGACCAGAAAUCAGAGGCGGAGCCUUUGGCUGCAGGGUACCGCCCCCCACUCCGCCCCCCUGCUUGGCGCUGGGACAGCCCCCCGGUAACACACAACGCCCCCCCAGCCCAGCGCUGGGCCCCCGUGGGGCCCCCCCAGCCCUCCAGCCGCACCCACAAGGGCCUGGUGCCCAUCCCGUACAGAGAAUCUCAACACCUGUCCAAGAGGCCGGUCAGUUUCCCUGAGAACCACUACAACUUAACUCCUAUGGGGAGCGACAGAGUGCUGCCCUACCGCAACCCCUCUGCCAGCUUCUCUGGCCCUGGAGCAGGGAUUGGGGCUCCUGGAAUGGGCGGGCACUUUGUACGGUACAAGCCCUCGUCUGACAGGUACGGCACCCCACAGCGCCCCCUGAUGGCCUACGAGCCGCACCUCAGCCUGGACAUGACGUCGAGUGGGGAGUCCUCCUCUGGCUUCACCAGCCAGGAAAGCACUAUGGAGAGAGGCAAGACGGAACCCCUCUGGCACGUACCGGCAUCCUCACGAGGGCCUCCCUCGGGCGGGGCCGGGGUGCAGAAGAGGCCCGGCCGGCAGGACGUCCCGGGGAAGGACUCCCCUAACAGGCACCUGAAGGGCGAGGCUCAGUACUCCAGUCACUCCAGCAGUAACACGCUCUCCAGCAACGCGUCCAGCAGCCACAGUGACGAGCGCUGGUUCGACGGCAGCGUGGGGGGCGUCGGGCCGGGGGGGCUGGUCGACCCGGCCGAACUGGACCCUGACCCGCUGGGCAAGGGGGGCUCCAACGACAGCGGCAUCGACGCCGCCCCUCUGUACACCCCCAGCCCCAACCCCAAGGCAGGCAAGGCCACGCCUCCCAAAGCCCUGCACGGCUCAGCCACCUAUAGCGGCCUGCAGGAGCUCGCUGGCCACUCCCACUCCGCUGAGGCCCGCCGGAGGGAGUCCUCUCCAGCCGUCCCCAUGCCGGCCAAUCAGAGCAAAGGAUACCGCACCCGCACCUUCCCCCCACCCAGCGCCCAUACCGACUCCUACAAACCCAGCAGGGCGUGCUACACUCCCCAAGGGUACAAGACCCCAUCGGUGGACAAGCCCCGGCCCGCGAGAGCCACCACGGUCACGCCCACCUCUGGCUCCGCCCAGUCCAGUGCACAGCAGCUGUCCAGCUCCGCCCCCAAAUCCCUCUACGGCAAGAGCAAGCACAGCAGCUGGCAGCACCGCGAGGAUGCUGGCACCGUCACCAACACCGCCACCAACACUGCCGCCAGCACCGCCACCAACAGCAGCUCCGACAGCAGCAGCAGCAGCAGGAGGCAGGUGGACCUGAACUCUAAGAACGUGUUUGGGCAGCCCCGCCUGCGGGCGUCGCUGAGAGACCUGCGGUCCCCUCGCCGCUCACACAAGAGCACCGUGGAGGACGACCUGAAGAAGCUCAUCAUCAUGGACACGCCCAUGGACACGCCCCUCAGAGAGGCUUCCCCUCGCCGGGCUCUCCAGCGCACUUUCUCUGAUGAGAGCCUCUGCAGCGGCCGGCGGGACGACAGCUUCGCCUGCACCCCCCCGACCGACAGCCAGGCCUCCGCCGGCGACCUGCUGUUCACCUGCACCCUGCCCACCCGCCGGCACGCCCACACCCCCGCCCAGGGCUCCCUCCUGUCCAAUAAGAAGGUUCCUCUCUCUGCCUCGGAGCUGUCUCUGACAGAGGUGAGGGAUAAGGUUCCCCCGCUGCGGCGUUUGGACCCCGGGCUCAUGCCCCUGCCUGACACGGCCUGCGGGCUGGAGUGGACCAGCCUGGUCAACGCUGCCAAGGCCUUCGAGGUCCAGAGGGCGGUGUCUCUCUUCUCCCUCACCGAUUCCCAGCCUGGGGGGGCAGAGCUGCAGCCGUCUGUCAGCCCAGUGCAGUUCCACACCCCCCAGACCCCCCGCACCACUCCCACCAUCAGCAGUGACGAGGCCCCGAACGACCUGUCGGGGCGACUGUAUCACCUGGAGGUGAUGCUGAAACAACUGAACAAUGACCUGGAGAAGGAGAAGCAGGAUAAGGUGGCCUUGCUGGCGGAGAUGGCGAACCUGCGGGAGAAUAACCAGCGCCUGCAGGAGGAGUCCCUCUCCGCCAGCGAGCAGCUCCGCAAGUUCAGCCAGAUGUUCACUGGACCCUCCGGGGACAGGAAAUGACCACAGGGACUCCCAUUGGCUGAAGCUACUGGUGACGCCCUCCCCUGGGGACGUGGUCACUACAAGCUGGGGGAAUCCUGAGAUACUGGACCAGAGCGGGCAGUGGUGGGACCUAACGGGACAGGAUAUGCCUGAGAGACAGUCCUGGGUGGGCUCCAUCUCCCCCACAUCAACACCCACCACAGGUCCCCUGGCAGGGGAGGCACUGGUACCCCCCUCCCCCCCACCCAAACAUGCGCUCCUGGUCUGGAGCAGAAAACACUGACUAGCACCUCCCACCUCUUCCUUAGUGACUGGCUGGCUCCAGGUUCAAAUGCAAUUGAACCAGACAUUGUGGGAAGAGGUGCUAUUGUGACUUAUCUUAGGUUGGCUUUUGGGUGGAACAGGUACAGAACUAUUUUUUUUAAACCUCAUACAAGUCUUAAAAGGCAUUCAAGAUGGAAUUUUCUGAUCUGAAUCAGUUCUUUUAGCAGAUUAUUUCCUUAUCUCUGCUGUUUUCAUCACUGUCAUUACCUUCAUUUUAAAAACACUAAAGUCUUAAUUGAUACUUUAACUAAAAAAAAUCUGUCAAGAUAGGAUUAACCAUACUGUACUACUCCCAGAAGGCCUCAUAUCAGAAGCAGAUCAGCCAAAUAGAAGCUCAGUGCGUGACUGUUUGCUUAGCUGCAGGGCCCAUUCUGAAAUGACUCAAUUUCCCAUGUUACACUGCACAGGGUGCAAGUGGGUUAAAAGAAAGCAUGGUACUAUACACCAACCUCAGUUCAUUGUUCAAAGUGCGGUACGUUCUCCUGGGACUGACUCAGAGUUAAAAUGCGCAGCACAGCGCGCAGUACUGUAGCAUGAAGCUUUAAUUUGCCCUUCGGCACUCCUGCAAUCCAUUAAUAAUUCAUGGAGACACAAGGACUGCGGCAGACCGACUGCGCGACUUAUAGAGUAUCGCAUUUCUGCGGAGGGUACUUCUCCAGACAAAAUACCCACACUGCACCGCCAGGGGGAACGUGUUUGAGCUGUUGGUUGUCCCGGCAACGGUGUAGGAACAUUAUACGCAUUCGCUGUUAUGCACUCAGCUGGUAGGAGAAGCCGCCCGCUGGACUAGAAUGAAAAUAGGAUGCCACUAAAUGGCCUCUCAUUGGUGCUCAGCUUUGAGCAGUCAUCUCUCGAGGGUUCUGUUUUAUUGGAAGCUCUCAUUUAAUUUUAUUUUCAAGGGCUAUUUUGGCAUCCACUCGAUUCUUCUACUGAUGAGAGCUCCUUGUAAUUGGGCUUUAGAAAUGUAGUUAUGGUUGGGGACAUCACUUAUGGGGACUCUUCUCCAUCUCUGCAGCUGUCUAAGGAUCCUGGAACGUUUUUACUCUGUGUGCUUAUGUUUUAUUAUCAUUUAUAUUAUAUGCAGGAAGGCAAGAUACUGUUUUUUGGUACCAACAGCAGUGAGGUGCUGAUUAAGUGUGGACCCCACAAGCACACACACACACACACACACACACACACACACGCACACGAGAGUGUAAUCAUUCACUCUGCUAGAACAGCAUGUAAUUGUGGAAAUGCAAUUAGCAUCGAUGCACCAAACCUACCCAGGAAACGUCGGGCGCAGAUGAGCUGGAGCAUUCCUCGGCGGUGUGGAAUCCUGGGAAGGUCAACAUUCUUAACCCCGGACCAGAGGGAUGUUGACCCGGAUGUGACAGUAAUUGUUCCCAUUAAACAGCCACAUUGACGUUGGCAGCUGCAGGGGACAGUUUGGGGCUUUCUGUAAGGGAGCUCACUGACUCCAGACCAGCCCACGCUGCCUCUCAUAGCUCACGUCACAGGCUGAGCCAGUACUGGAUCUGAUCCCGGAUGAGAGGAAUCCGAAGGAGAGAAAAAAGGAAGCAACUGAAAAAGACGCUAAUAAAGACAGCUGCGAGCACAGCGGGAGUGUUCCACCGCUCACCCGCCUUACAGCGCUGCGGUCUUCAGUGCCACCAGCAGAGGGAGCACUUUCCUAUACACAGGAAUCCCUGAAUCACAAGAGCCCUGUAUACGAGUAUGUAAUCGGAAAGAAUUGUGAGAAGUGAGCUCCUUGGUUGAUACUGAGACACUGGGCCCACCUGGUCUGGACAAACCAGAUGAUAGUGUGACACAUGUGACGUGGGUUUUAUGUGAUCGCACACUGUGUGAACGUAAUAAUAUCGGGAGCAAUCAUUGAGCACCAUCGUCUCUGUGACAUACUACAAAAAAUAUAAAAAACCAGCAAGUGUUUGCACAAAGGGGAUGCUUGUCUUGUCUUGAACGUGUGUGUCGUGGGUCUAUUGGUUUUUACGGGGCUGCUCUCUCCUUCUCUAAGGACAGGACGUGGCAGCAAUGACAGGAAGUGACAUGGUGUCCCACAGUGUGGUCCCCAAAGAUACUGUAGAUAUCUGUGGUGGCUCUACUUGUUCUGUACUGUAUGAAAGUGCAUCUUGCUGAAUAAUGUCACUGGACUGUGGUUCAGCCAAGGAGGCACUAUUCAAGAGUGGGCGGGACACACAUAUGUCCCUAUCUUAAAAAAAGAUAUAUCUCUAUGCUCAUUAAUCGUAAAGACACUAUAUUUGUACAGCUAGCUAGCUAGUUUAUAUUCCUAUAUAGAAUCUAUUUUUCUGAACCGUGUGUGAGUUGAUGAAGUGAGAGGCAGGACUUGCACGAGGGUGGCAGGACUAGUGGCUCUUGUCAUAGGAAGGCUUUUUGUCUGCAGUCCUAGACCCCCCCAUCUGUGUCAAGAUUUCCUACUGGUGGGUUGUGAGCUAAUUCGGGGAUAGAGGGUCCCCUAAAUUCUGUUGAAGUCCCACAUAGACCCUGUUCCCUCAGUUCAAAGUGGCUGGGUGGUCUUGUGUCCAUGCAUGUGAGUAAAGCUGUGGACAAGUGCACCCCUCCCUUCCUAAACAACUGGACCCCCCCUCUCAGGACCUCCACUGGCUGCCCUUUCCUAAGACAUCUCCUAUUUAUUUUCUAUUUAUUACCAGUGUGUACAUGUACACCUGCACAGCUGUGGCCUAUCGAUAACUGGAAGAGAGGGACACUGCAAAAUGAGAGGCUGAAAUUGAAUCUGUGUUUCUGUCCCUGAGCAACACUCUACUUACACACACACUCAUCUCCCUCCAUCUCUCGCUCUGUCUCAUACACACACACACACUUAUCUCCCUCCAUCUCUCACUCUCUCUCAUUCUCUUGCUCUCUCUCAGACACGUAUGAAAAAGCGCACUCUUGAGUAAUGCACACGGAGAGUAACACCCGUAGGACAGAGACACAGAUCUCUCUAAGCCCUGUCCCUCUCCUGCUGUCUCUUGUGUUUCUCCAAAAGCUCCUCUGGUGGUUUAUGGUGGCCUCCCCUCUUGACGCACUGUCCCUGUUCUCUGUCCUUCAGUACUGUAAUCACUGUCCCAUCAGUGCCGGGGCACCUGGCCCGGGAGAAAACCACAAGGUAACGGAACAAAAGCAGCAUAGUGCUGAUACGCGUGAUCAGCACUAACAGGAAUCAUGCUGUGAUUGUUUUACAACAUUAUCUGCACCAUCAUUGUCUUAAGUUUUUUUUUUUUUCUUUGUAUUGUGUUUUAAAGAAUUUAUUUUUAUGUAUUUGAUUUUUUUUAGUUGUUUAAGAUAAAAGAUAAUGAAUAUAUUAAUGUUCACCACCAGUACCGAAGCAGGAAUCAUAAACAGUAAUUAAAAGAAAUUGUAUGUAAUCAUUUUUUAACUUGUUAUUUUUUCAUAAUUUAUUAUUGGGACACAUUGGCCACUUUUGCAAGCUGGAAAAAUACAAAAAAAGAUUCUGAGUGGGUAUAAGAGGGCAUCCUGCUUUCUAGUGUAAGCUGUUUGAUCUUGGAUCAUUGUACAAAUUUGAUUUUAUUUUUCAUUUUGAUUUUUUAAUUUUAAGAUUGGAGCUUCCUGCAUGAGGCAGGAGGCACUGUAGAAGAAAACUGACUGUUGAUAUUUCUCUUGGUGUCUCCUGGGGAUGUUGUAUCAAUGAGUGUACAUUGAAUGGUGUAAAUUAUGUUCUCAUUAUUUUAUAAGAAAAAAUAUAUUAAAAAGGAAACAAAAUCUUUCAUAAAGUUGGGGUCUUAUUUCUUAUUUGUUGUGGUUGUUUUGUGACCAUUAAUCAACCUGUAACUAGACUGAUUUUUAUGUCCAUUUUUUGUAUGCAUUUUGUUUUGUUUUGGCUUGCCAGCAUAUGUGGUGAACGCAAAAUAAAUGUCUCAUAGAAA